CGUUCGCCAAGCUGACAUCGGAUCCCCCGCUUCGUCGACACAGGCGCGGAGCAUUGAUGGCCCGACGGGCUUCCACAACGUGCCUCAACAAACACGAACACGCCGAGAGUGUUCAAAACGAUCUCUGGCAUGGUCAAAAUCCCGAUCCUCCGUGGAGAUAACCAUGUCGUCACCAACUUCGUGUGCACCGUCACUAUCAUCAUCAGUAGCCAAGCGCAAAGAACCGAAGACAGCCUGUCUCCUAUGUCGUCGCAGGAAGGUAGCAUGUGAUCGCCGUCGGCCCAAAUGCGGUCUGUGCUCUCGAAAUGACUUCGACUGCACCUACACGGCCCGAGAACGACGUCCAGGGCUGAGGGCCGGGUACGUCUCACAGCUGGAGGAACGUAUAGGUAGGUCGCCUGAGUACGUCAGAGCCGGUCAUGACCACUACCAGACCACGUGUUACGCCAACAUGCGAACCAGACUCGCUCUGAGUUAACGUUACACGUUGCAGCAACUCUCGAGGGUCGCGUUUCUGACUUGGAACGCCGGCCGGACACCACUUUGGAUGGGAGGGGAUCCG